AUGACCAGUGACAUCAAAGUCGCCCAAGCCAUCGGCACCAUCGGCUGCGCCGUUGUCGCAGGCGGCGUGGGCACCCUCUCGGUCAUUUGUGUCCCCAAUCUCGCCCUUCCCGCCCGCCAACCAGCCUCGACAACUUCCUCCCGGCAAGUGCCAGGGACCCCAGUCGCACACCUCAGCCACCAAUGGCUCGAUCUCUAUGAUCGCGGGAAAGUGACCUUCCCCGGGAUCGCAGUAACUGCAUCCAUCGCCCACGGCUACAUCGCCUGGGCACUGCGACACACCCCCGGCCCGGGUCUGCUGGGCUGCAGCUGGUCUCGGUAUUACCUCGCUACCAUUGCGAUCACCAUGGGUAUCGUGCCUUAUACGCUGGUGGUGAUGGCCAAAACCAACAAUGCGCUGAAGGCGCAUGCCACUCGGGAUGAUGCGUCUGCGGCGGAGGGGACGAAGGGCAUGGUCGUGAGUGAGCAGGAGAAGGCGCAGCGCGCGAAACAGGAUGGUGAGGUGCCUGGCUUGUUGCAGAAGUGGGCGGCGCUGAACUUGACGCGCGCGGUUCUUCCGCUGGUUGGAGCUGCCUUGGGAUUCUAUGCGGCGACGGCAUGA